AUGCUUCUGUUUCAGGUUCUGGCAUCAACCUUUGCUGGUGCAGCGCUUGCAGCCCCUUGGUCGCUAGAGAAGCAGGCUGUCUCCUCGGAGGUCCUGGGUAGAUUGACGUUGUUUGCAGAAUACUCUGCCGCCGCAUACUGCACGUCCAAUCUCAACUCCUCCGGUACCAGAGUUUCUUGUGCAGCUGGCAAUUGCCCGGCCGUGGAGUCUGCUUCAACGACCACUCUAGACGAGUUCGACGAGGUCUUGUCCUUUGGAGACGUGGCUGGGUUCACAGCGGUCGAUUCGACGAACAAGGUCAUCGUCGUUUCGUUCCGGGGCUCUCGAACCCUCUCCACAUGGCUGGCAGACCUCGUUUUCGACCAGGUGAACGCCAGCAGCAUCUGCGUCGGUUGCGAAGUCCACAGUGGGUUCUGGGGGUCGUGGCAGACCGUCGCGAGCGAUGUGACUGCACAGGUAGAGUCGGCCGUGGCUCGAUACCCUGGCUUUUCGGUCGUUUUCACCGGCCACAGCUUCGGGGCUGCAGUGGCAACCCUGGGCGCGGCUGUUCUGCGUCACUCCGGACACAAGAUUGAGCUGUACACCUACGGGUGUCCACGCGUCGGAAAUAAGGCUCUGGCGACCUUCAUCACAGCCCAGAGCCCCAACUACCGUGUCACGCACACAAACGACGUAGUUCCCAAAGUACCGCCUCGUCUAUUCGGGUUCAGCCAUCCCAGUCCCGAGUAUUGGAUCAGGAGCGGCGACUCUGCUGCGGUCUCUGCCUCCGAUAUCAGUGUUGUCGAGGGCAUUGAUUCUACCGCUGGGAACACCGGCGCUGCUGGGGCCAGUGCAGAUGCCCAUGCUUGGUAUAUAGUGAAUAUUGAUAAGUGCUCCUCUACACCAACCUCCGUCUCGCGCUUCUGCUACGCAUCCUCGGAGACAAUAAUACGGCUGCACUGUCUGGCCCCUCUCGGCGUGCGGACAUGA